CUGGCUAGGACGCUGCAGCAGGCAGGGAGGGAGCCGUUGGUGGUCUCGCCCAGGGAAAAGGGACAUCAUGCUUAGCCUUCCUUUGCUGUUGCUUCUCUGGGGCACCAGCUCUUAUACCUUCCCCGUGUUUCAAGAAGGACGGCGGCAAGAUGCGGAGACUGUCUGGAAAUACCUGGAAAACUACUACAACUUGGGCGAAGACACAGCAGGCAAAAACCUGAGUGGCAAGGACUUGAUGGCUGGAAAGCUGAAGCAAAUGCAGCAAUUAUUUGGGCUGAAAGUGACCGGAAAGUCAGAUCCUGAAACUCUGAGAGUGAUGGGGAAGCCCAGGUGUGGGGUGUCUGAUAUGACGCCAUACUCCAUCACCUAUGACAAUCCACGCUGGACAAAAACACAUCUGACGUACAGCAUUUUGAACUACACACCGUAUUUGCCAAGAGCAGUUGUGGAAGAGUCCAUCGAGAAAGCCUUCCAAGUCUGGAGUGAUGUGACACCACUAACCUUCUCCAGGGUCUUUGAGGAGGAAGGGGAUAUCGUGCUAGCUUUCUACAGAGGAGACCAUGAUGACAAUAACCCUUUUGAUGGACCCUUAUAUGGCCUUGCUCACGCUUUUCAGCCAGGACCGGGAAUUGGGGGCGACGUUCAUUUCGAUCUUGAUGAAAGGUGGACCGACACCAGUGAGAAUUUUAACUUGUUCUAUGUUGCGGCUCAUGAGUUGGGCCACUCCCUUGGACUCACUCAUUCCUAUGAUAUUGGGGCACUAAUGUUCCCCAGCUACACAUGGUACACUGAGGACUUUGUGCUAAACCAGGAUGACAUCAAUCGCAUCCAGGCUUUAUACGGACCUUCCCAAAAUCCCAUCCAGCCAACAGGUGCAACAACACCAAAACCAUGUGAUCCCGAUCUAAGCUUUGAUGCUAUAACUACAUUUCGGGGAGAGGUGAUGUUCUUCAUAGGCAGGUUCUACAUCCGUGUGAACUACUUCAUGCCAGAGCCUGAGCUCAAUUUGAUAGGUAUUAUCUGGCCAGAUCUGCCAGGUAAACUCGAUGCUGCUUAUGAAGCUAGUAUAAUGGAUGAAGUCCGCUUUUUCAAAGGCAAUAGGAUGUGGGCUGUUCGUACAAGGAGUGUGUUGAGCGGAUACCCCGUGGACAUCCACAGCUACUUUGGCUUCCCUAGCUACGUGACACAUAUUGAUGCUGCUGUCUGUGAGGAAGAGAGUGGAAAAACAUACUUCUUUGUUGAUGACAUGUACUGGAGGUAUGAUGAAUAUAGACGGUCCAUGGAUCCAGGUUAUCCCAAAUUAAUAACAGAGGACUUCCCUGGGAUUGGCGAUAAAGUUGAUGAUGUUUUCCAGAAAAAUGGGUAUUUCUAUUUCUUUCACCAAUCAACUCAAUACAGAUUUGACCUCCAAACGAGAAGAGUUAGUGCUCCCCGUGAUUCCAACACUUGGUUCAACUGCUGAGAGUCCUGGCGACCUGUUACCAAGUUAAUGAAAAUACAUAUCUCAUCAUCUUAAAGAAGGCGUUUUUCUGAAGAGCCAAGUAUUUUUAUAUUUAUUUACCUUCUAGAAUUGCUGAUAUACAGCACUAUUGAGUACAGUUUUAUUUAUAUUUCAUUUUACAUAUUUUUACAAUUUAUAGUAUAAUAUUUUAUGAACUAAAACAGUUUAGUGCCACAACUGACAGCCCAAGAAGGUCAAGUUCAUGGCUGAUAAGUCACUGAAGGAGGCUAUUUGUCCAGUGAGUGACUCUGACAGACAUUGAUCCUAGGCCUCUCCUUCCAAGAGAGGAGGGUCACCAGACAAGCUCUCCUCAGAGGAAAUGGCUCUUGAACACACAAACAGCUAUAUACGUGGAAAGUUGGUUGAUACUUUGGGUUUGGUUUUUAAAAUGGAUCUUACAGCCCAGGCUGGUGCUGGACUCCCCUCUUCUGCUGCUGACUCCCAGACGCUGGGGUUACAGGCAUGCCCAUCAUGCCCAGCUAAGAGAUGCUUCUUGUACAAAAUAAAGAUUUGAUACUUAAAGCCA